AUGUCAUCCAAUCCGUUCAAAGACAACAUGAUAUGUGACCUUGACACUAUCAAUACUCAAUCUCAGCUCCCCAAUUCGAUGUCGGCCCCCACUACCUGCGCGAGUCAUACGGCGGCCACCACGAAACCAACUAGACCUCACUACUGCAGCAAAAUAAAGGUUGUCACGGGGCCUCCCAAGAGUCUUUGCCUACCCCACUUGUGUGGCCUAGAAAACAUUACAUCCGUCUUGAUUGUAAGACAGGAGUCGCCGUGGGAUACCUAUCGGAAAGUAAUUACAUAUGAAAUCGCUGGCAAGGUUACUAUUACCACACGCCGCACCCACCCAUCUCGCAUAGUAGCUAUCCGGACAUAUGCGAAAGAGAAUGCUCGAAGAAUAAUAUACAGAUUCGAACGUCUGGAACACAGGAACGUUCUUUUAUUACGCGAAUGCUACAUGUACGAAGAUCUCGCGUUCUUCUUGGUGGAUGAUUUGCCGCUGACGCUCACGCAUGUUGUCGCUUUUCCAUCCGUUUAUCCCAACGAGACGGAAUUGGAAUCUAUCGUAAGCCAGAUUUGUCCCUCAUGCCCUUUCGAUGAGCUUUUGGACCUUUGUAUAGAUUGCACACCAAAGCAAUCUGAAGCCGCAUAUAUUGCGGCCCUUCCUUCGAUCACAAUGCGGCUCAUGCAGAAAAAUGACAAAGAUCAAAGCGUUGUUGGCGUGAUUGAUCUGGAGCGAUGGCCAAUCGAUUCUGCCGCUGUGGGUUUUCUAUCCGCUACCGAGACAGCAGGAUCAAUCAAGUCUCUGAGAAACCAACCUCUUCUAGCGGGGAAGCACCGCCCUAGCGAGGAUCUGGUCGUUCUCGCUAGAGCUGCUCUGCUCUCCAGUAGUUUGAAUUGCGUUUACAAUCCCGAUUCUGAAAAGUACUAA